UCGGGCCGUGGAAGGCGUUUGUUUCAACCUACAAAUGGGUGUCGGUGUGCGCGCGCAGCUCGGGGCUGUGCUCCUGCUGACGCUGACGGCGUGGCUGGCGGACGCGGUUCCCACAGCCAACAGCAACCUGCCGGACAUUCUGCCGACGGAGGACCUGUCAGUGACGCUGAACCGGCCUCUCUGCGGCCUGGAUGCGGCCACCACACCGCUGUUCUGCUGCCCUGGACAGGAGCCGCGCGGCGCCGGCUGCGGGAAGACCAGCUUUUCGCCACCGGCGCAGCUGGGCGCCUCGUUCGUCAAGAACGCCGCCAACUUUCCCUGGAUGGCGGCCAUCUCCGAAAGGCAAAAGGGCGGCAGAGAUAUAGUGGUCUGCGGGGGCGCCGUGAUCUCUGACCGAUGGGUGUUGACGGGGGCGACCUGCGCUCGCGAUGGCCGCCAGCUGAGUGUGCGCUUCGGUGACCUCGACUUGCAGGACACCUCUGACGACAAUCCUAACGCUCCUCCGUUCGAGCUGGACAUCAUCAAAGUUGCGCGGCAUCCCCAGUUUUCGCUGCCGGAAAAGAGAGCUCAGGACAUUGCCUUGCUGAAGACUGUGUCAAAAAUUUCGUUCUCCAGCACUGUGAGCCCUAUUUGCCUACCAGAUGCAUCCCUUACGUCAAUUGUGCCAGCGGGUGAUGACCUCAUCUUUGCGGGCUGGGGCGCGACAAGAUAUGCCGCAAGCACAGCGUUCAUGUCUCUGAAAUGGGCCAGGGUGAGGGUGGUGGAUUUCGGAGAUUGUAGAAGCAAUUACACCAAGAUCCCACCAUUCAUCCGGUAUUUUGAUGCAGGCUCGUUUUGUACGAAGUUUUUUGAACCGACAUCGGUGUUCUUGUGUGCUAUCAAUCGCGGCGAUCUGGGUUCUGUGUUAAUGAAAGUUAUCGGGGAGGGUGACAUCGCGAGGUGGUACGCAGUGGGGUUGGUUGUUGCUGGAGCCGGUUGUGGCAGCGAAGAGUUUCCGGCUAUCAACAUCGCGCUUGGACCAUCACUGAACUGGAUCCAAUCGGUCAUCACGGCGCCAUCAUAGAUGUUGCCUUUAGUUGCCUGUACUGUUCAUCAGUGCAACCGCACAGCCACACCUCCGUGUUUUCAGCAGAUUUCUAGCGCGGUGCGUCGUAUGAACUGAGCGUUGUUAAGCCGGUUUUUAUGUGAGCAGACGCCCAAUACAUGUAA